AUGCUGGAUAUAACGGAAGAGGUGCUUCUCUCUGGCCUUCUGUACCUCGCUAUGUUUGCGUGGGGCUUUUUGACUCCACUUAACGGUCGCCAUGGCCGUGAGCUACGUGCACCACCGAUCGACUUGAUGCAUCAGAUUGUGGCUCAUUUUCUGGACUUGUCAUCUGCACAUUUGGUCGCCUUCAGCACGGGGGCCGUCGCCUCGGCUCGAGCCGCUCUAAGACCCGGUUCCUUUUCGGAAUGA